AUGAGCAUGGAAUCAUUCCGUAAUCUGCACUCGCACUCGGAUGAUCCGCGCUGGUACAAACCGAACGAUGAAGAAAUGCACCAAGCUCAAAUCAUCGAGCCUUGGUCUGAUAAUAUCAGACAUGCUAAGUACAUGUCAUAUAUCUAUUGCGCUUGCAUCUUAGUGGCUGCUAUUCUUCAUGGUUUUCGCCUCCUGCGCGAGCAAUACCCUCGAAUCGUUUUAUACACCUCAAAAAUUCCUUUGAUUCCUUCAUGUGUCGCACUUUGCCGCAUGGUCGGCUAUGCACGCAUCAAAAUCGGUCCAUGGCGACUGCCAGCUGGAAGAUAUUUGGUCAUUUGUGGCUGCUUCAUACUUGGCACUGUUGUAUGGUGCUUUGCUAUGACGCCGCAUUAUAGGCCCCACAACGAAGUGGGCUCACCACCUUUGGCGAUCCGUGCUGGCAUGAUGGCUGUGGGCAUGCUUCCAUUUAUUUUUGCUUUGGCCUUAAAAUUGAAUCCCAUAUCUUUGUUGUCCGGUGUUUCUCACGUACAUCUUCAGUACUAUCAUCAAGUGUCGAGUAUCAUGUUUCUGUUUUUCUCAAUUGUGCAUACCGUCCCCUUUAUCUGGCAGCCCUUACGUGAAGAGGGCUUUGAGAGGCUGAACUUUGUUUGGCAUGAAAGCUACAAAACAUACUGGUCCGGCACUGUCGCCAUUUUCUUCCUUCUCUGGAUCUGCGCAUCUAGCUUGGGUAUCUUUAGACACAUGAGCUACGAAUUUUUCGUCGUGCAACACAUCGUCACUUUUACUUUGAUGCUUGCUUUUCUGUUUGUCCAUGUCGAAGACUUGCUUUCCAGCCAUGUAUGGCUCUGGGCCGCCGUUGGCAUCUGGCUGUUUUCGGUCAUAGGACGGUCACUUAUCGUACUAUUCUCAACGGAUUUUUUCGUUGGAGCUCGCUCGCAAGUCCGCGUGCUAGCCUCGGUCGGCCAUUCUCCAGGUAUUGUUCAAGACCAGCCGGCCAAGUUUGUCCGAAUGAGUUUUAACACGCCUUUGCGCUGGCACCCUGGGCAACAUGUAUAUGUUCGUUUUCCGGGCAUGGCUGUCACCCAAGCACAUCCUUUUACUUGCUUAUCACUACCCAGCGUUUCGCCUCAUAUGCCUAACCGACUUGUUUUAUUAGCCCGCGUGCACAAAGGUAUCACACAGAGACUCCAUGAUCAUGUUCUUACAUUUGGCCAAAGAGCUACAAAGUCCAGCAUGCUGUUCCGAAACUUUUCGCUAGAUGCGGAUUCAGCAGAUUCUGGAAAAACUCUUGCUCACGAUAUGGGACAUGAAAAAGAGUCUCUGGCACCUGAUGAAUAUGUCAUGUCUUUUAUGGCCGCAUUGGAUGGACCUUAUGGCUAUUCAUUUAGUUUGGGCACGUAUGAGCAUAGCGUCCUAAUUGCUGCUGGGUCAGGCAUAACAUUUUGCCUUCCACAAGUGUCCGAAUUAGUUCGCCGUGCCGCUCAUUCCCCUAGGUCGUAUCUCACGCGGAGCGUUCGCCUGGUUUGGUGUGUGCGAACCCUUGAUAUGGUGCAAUGGGUUCGUCCUGAGCUUCUCGAACUUGUUUUUCAUGCAAGUAAUGUGCCUUUUAAAGUAAGCAUCGAACUUUAUGCCACUCGCGAGCAGAACAAUGUUGCCGAUGCAGACUUGAACGCUGUUUUGAAUAUUCAUGUUGGAGUUCGUCCAAAUCUACAUCAAAUUUUAAACAAUGACGUGGACUUGGCGAUGCGACAAGAGUCGACGAGCCUAUCUGUGUCUGUAUGUGGCACACCGUCAAUGAAUUUUGACGUGUCGAGAUCUGUAUCAUAUAUGAACUGGUGUGUAGCGCGGGGAAGCCUCGGAUCCCUGCGUGACAUUCAUUUGGUUUCUGAGUCUUUCGGGAUGUAA